UGAAAAUUCUCUGCUGCGUCGUGUAUUUGACGUGCCAAGCUCGACGAGCUUGCACAAACGAUGACUUCGAGCAGUCAGUCGCAGUUCUUAACGAGAAAGGGAGAAACAUCGGAAAAAAUGAGUUUCGAAACUAUUCCAGACGAGCCCGACUGGUGGGAAACAUUCGUCAAGGAACAAUAUCCCGACGAAAAAUGUCAGAAAUACUUUCGUUGCUCUCGAAAGACUUACAUUUACCUCGUUAAAUCCUUAAAGUCCUACGUAGCACCACGUGCUGGUUCAACGACCUUCGACAGCAGCAAAUCAUAUAUGGGCAAAGGAGUAUGCGCCGAAAAGCAAGUUGCCAUAUUAUUGUACAAAUUGACUUCAUGCGUUGAUUACAUGAAAAUGUCGAGAAAAUUCAAAAUACACAAAACAACUAUACACAAGAUUAUUUAUCGAAGCAUUGUGGCUAUCAAUAAAUAUCUCUUGCACAAAAUCAUAAAAAUGCCCAAAAAUGAGGAUGCAGAAGCCGUUGCGGCGGAUUUCGAGCACGUUCAUGAAAUUCCACAAAUUUUGGGCGUCAUGUCAGUCAUUCACAUACCCGUAUGUUCGCCCAUCAAUUUGAACUACAAAUUUUUGAACUCACUUUUGUACCCGUCGUUCGUACUACAAGCUAUAAUGGAUUCCAAUUGCCUUUUCAGAGAUAUAAGCGUUAGACAUACAGGGGCAGUCGAGCCCCAAAACAUCAUCGCGGACUCUAAUAUUUACAAGUACUCUGAAAAAGUUUUGCCGACUGAAAAGAAAAGUAUCAAUGGUGUGGACAUGUCCUACAAAAUAAUUAGUCCUAAAAAUGGACCAUCUUACCCUUGGUUGCUGAACGAUUAUAAACCGGAAUCCACCGUCGAAGAGGCGAUCUUCAAUAGGAAUUUAAACGAUAUUCGCGGCUACGGGGACACGGUAAUUUCGCGCCUGCGAUCGAGAUUUCCUAUUUUAUGUCAAAUGCUGGAUCUUAGCUACAAAGUCGUGCCUCAAGUAAUCGGUGCUUGCUGCGUUAUACACAACAUAUGCGAAGUCAACGACGAUCCCUUCUUCGAGGAAUGGCUCCUCGAGGCCGAUGCCAUGCUGAGGAAGUAUCCGCAGCCUGACAUGAACUUCACCGGUAAUGAAAUUGACUCGCAAACUCUUUUUGAACGCGAUGUGCUUAAAGAUUAUGUUAAUAGUAAAACAAUCGAAAUUGAAGCGUCUUUUUUAGUGAACCUCUAGUUCCCCAACAAUCUUGACAACUAAUAAUUAUAAUCAUUUUGAACUAUAUUUUUUUUUCUUCUUGUUGAUUAUUCCUCGUACGUUUUACAAUAUUAUAUGUCUCUUAUAUUACGUGUAUCAUACUUUUUAAUACGAACAAGUUGUCAUCGCUUGAGACUGAAUAACAUUUUAUGGGGCUAAGAUUAAGACUAUUGAACAAAAGCUUUUUUCGCAAAAUAAGAAUAUAAUUAUGAUUGUAAA